AUGCAGGAGGAGAAAGAAUACGUUUUUGUAGUGACUCAGAAGUUGAAUGAAGACUCGAGUGUGUGUUGUGUAACUUCACAGGAGCUAGGAAUGUCUCCUACCGGCGUGACAUCAAAUACAACGUCACUUACGAGUGAGAUUGCGACGUUGGAUGAUGAUUCGGACGGUGAGUUUGAGCUGGAUAAAAGAGAAGAAGAAGAAGACGUUCAAUUGUAUGAAUCAGUGGAAAUGGAUCAAUUACCAGUGGACAUACCGUUUCUACCGGCACUAGACGCUUCGACUCACAUUAUGAUUCAUGAGGGCUACAGUGAAGCUAUUAUGGAUGCACAACAUGCAUUGGAUUCACGUUUAUUGGCGUACUCACAAUACCAACAAAUGGCUCGACCAAAACAGGUGCUGCUAACACCUAGACGAUCGAAACCAGAGCGAUUCGUGAUGACAGCAAGACCAGUCGUAGUUGACCGUCCAGUGACGGUUUGUAUGGGGUGGCAACGUGUGUCCAAUAUUGAUUCAAGUAGCCGUGACCUAUUGCGUGUGUUGGAGGAGGAAGGCGUAUCGUACGAACCGCAUGAUACGACCUACAGUGUCAAGUACCUAGCGCCCGUGCUGCCUUUUGGUGACUGUCUCUUCUUAUCGAUGGAACAAAUUCUAUUGUACACGGAGGAAUGUGAGCCUCUGUCACCGGAAGGGAUUCGUAAAGUGGCUACCAAAUUCUUUCUUGCUCACUAUAAUUCUAGUACACCGGAGGAGAAACAGAAGAUUGAUAAGGCUAUCCAGAACUUGUACUAUCCGACGCUAAAGGGUGGGUGGGGAGUGAGCUCGGUGCAGACGCGUCGAUUUGUAGCACGUCGAAGUGAUAAGAAGAUGCUGCUGGACAAAUGUGCUGAACUUCAGAAACAGGGCUACUCCUGGGGAAUUGCUGCGGAAGCUGUUUACACAGAUAGCCGCGGGCUCAUUUCGGUCGAUGAUGAUCCUGAUAACUCACGUGUAGCAUGGGGUGAUGAUUUUGUGCUGGAGGCACUGGCCACAGCGUAUCAACGUGACAUCUUCGUCGUUCUUGUAGGAUGCGGGAAGAUGUUUUUCCUGCCCCAUCGACCCCGUGGCGAGGUCGGUUUGGAACAGAGCACGAUUUGCCACUCGAAGGGCCAUGCACCAUGGUUUUUACUGAUGCGACUAACCGGCAGCGAUCGUGGCGGGGAUCACUACGAACCGAUGCUGUGCGAGCGGCUGCGCGGUGACGGCUCGCCGGAGUUUGGCUCGAUUGGGGACUGA